ACUCGCCUGAGAUCUUACUGCGCUCUGAGUCUCUCACAGUCACAGCAGCCUUGUGCAACCCGCAGCCCUGACUUAUCUCAGACGAGCUGUGAUCUCAGUUUCUUUAAAGUUUUGCAAACUUGCCGGACCUGAACAUUGUCUAUGAUGGAGAGCAAGAGGAGGGGUAUCUUGGAGCGACUAAAUGCUGGAGAAGUGGUUGUAGGAGAUGGAGGUUAUGUGAUGCAGCUAGAGCGACGUGGAUAUGUGAAGGCUGGACACUGGACACCUGAAGCAGCUGUUGAACAUCCUGAAGCAGUGCGGCAGCUGCACAGGGAGUUCCUGAGAGCAGGAGCCAAUGUGAUACAGACAUUCACCUUCUACUGCAGUGAGGAUAAACUGGAGAUGAGUGGCAAUGUCACCAACAUCACUGGGGCCCAGAUCAAUGAGGCAGCAUGUGACCUGGCCAGAGAGGUAGCCAAUGAGGGUGAUGCGUUGGUCGCUGGGGGUGUGUCCCAGACUCCCUGUUAUGUGGAGACUCACAGUGAGACUGAGGUCAAGGCCAUCUUUAAGAAACAGAUGGAUGACUUCCUCAAGAAGGACAUUGAUUUCUUUAUUGCAGAGUACUUUGAACACGUAGAAGAGGCAGUGUGGGCAGUGGAAGUGCUGAAGACUGGUGGUAAACCAGUGGGUGCAACACUGUGCAUCUCCCCUCAAGGAGACAUGAACGGAGUCCCACCUGGAGAGUGUGCUGUCAGGCUGGUCAAAGCUGGGGCCGACAUUGUUGGAAUAAACUGCCACUUGGACCCUCUGACGUGUGUUCGUACGGUGAAGUUGAUGAAAGCGGGAUUAGAGAAAGCUGGUCUCAAAGCCCAUCUCAUGAUCCAGCCGCUGGGCUUUCACACACCUGAGUGCAACCACACUGGAUACGUCUCGCUACCUGAGUUCCCUUUCGCACUGGAGACCAGAGCAAUAACCCGCUGGGACAUCCAUAAAUACGCCAGAGAGGCUUACGAUGCUGGUAUUCGCUACAUUGGUGGCUGCUGUGGAUUUGAGCCCUACCAUAUCAGAGCUAUAGCAGAAGAGAUGGCUGAAGAGAGAGGAUUCCUCCCACCAGCUUCAGAGAAGCACGGACUCUGGGGAGCUGCUCUGGAGAUGCACACUAAACCCUGGGUCAGAGCCAGGGCUCGUCGAGAGUACUGGGAAAACCUUUUGCCUGCUUCUGGACGUCCCAAAUGCCCUUCCAUGGCCACGCCAGCUGAAGAAUAAAAGGAUCAUCAAUAGCUGGAAUCCAACAUACCAACACAAUCACCUGUCUCUACUGUACAAUAUUCUGAAUAGUAAUAUGACUAUGCUGAAUUCCUUAUACGUCUGAUCAGAUAAAAAAAAAAUCUCUAAUCUGUGUACUAUCACUGAAAUUAAUAACACAAUUUACUUAAAAACAAAGCUUGUAAUUUUACCCAUCACUGCAUUUAUUAGUUGUAAAACAUCCAAACAUACUUAUAUUUGUUAGGUUGCUGAAAUGUGCUGCCAAAUUUUUCAUGUUUAAUAAAAAAA